AUGGUUAGAAGGGUGGAACUUUUUCGUUGCCUACAGGGACUUUUAUCGGUUUACAAACCUUCAGGUCAGGAAACAGCACAAUUUAGAACUCGACUGGCAAAAAAGGUAGCCAAUGAAUUUAAUAAGUUACCAUGGGAGCCUGUACGUAUUCGCACAGCCAUUUUGGCCAAAAAUGAUGAUAAGCUACCGACAAUUACUACUGAGGCUGACUUCGUAGACAAUCCGCUGGUAAUUGGUCGAAGAUUUCUCCAUACUGAUGUGGUCCUUAAUUUCAUCGAUCCAUUACCCGAUUAUGCAUCAGGUGUCCAACUAAUAGGCAUAGGAGAAGUUGGUGCCUAUGCAUACAGUGAUGCAAUUCACAAGAACGUUUAUCCAAAAUCUUAUCACCUAACCGGAAUGUUUGGUCACGCUUCUUCGAAUGGUUUGUCCACCGGUUCCACAAUCUAUCGGUCACCAUGGAGGCAUAUAACACGUCCAAAAAUAGACCGAAUUAUCGCGUCAAUCCAAUUUAAAGCACGUUCAGCCUCUCUCCUCCAGGCUGGUUUAAUUCCAAAUUCCCAAAAGGCAUUUGAAGCCCUCAGCAACCCAGAUCGAUUGACCAAGCCCCUCAAACCAAUGUUAGAACCUCUGGAAUCGCUUCCACCCGACCACGUGACUGCAUAUUGGGACAGACGACCGGAACCCACUCAACCCCACUCCCUUCGAGCCAGACCCGACCUCAGCUCAGUUCGACAACUGCCUCCCGCUUUACUUUGUAUACGGUGCAUCAAGUUCGAACCACCGUUUUUCAUCUUAGAGAUUCAAGUUGCCCACGAGACAAGCGAGUUUCUAACCGAUCUUGUGGUGAAUAUAGGAGGAGCAUUAAAGUCAAGCGCUGUUCUCUGCCAAGCUCGACGUAUUCGACAUGGACCGUUCGGUGUAGAGAACAGUCUCCUAUUAAAACAGUGCUCUGUUUCACAGUCUCUUUACGAUAGACUCAACCAACUUAAGUCGGAGCCUCCACCAGAAAGGGAUUUUGAAAGUGAUGAUGAGUACAGGGAAUUUCUACUCUCUCAACUUGUUGAGAAUGCAGAUGGGCAAAUGGAUCUCUUUGGAAAUUUGGUCAAAUGCACUCUGGAUAAGAGGAUUAAAGAGUUGGUCAAGGCGCCGAGGGAGGAAGAACACCGCAAAUAA